CCAUCCCUAGUUUCGAACAGUGCUACCCAUCACUUACAUCGGCAUUUGUUUUCAUCCUUUUUGACAAGUAAAAUGAGCUUCGCCAAGAGAUCGCAUCCCUCGGCGGAUCGCAAUUCGCAACCGAUUUCGGAGGCGCUACUCUCUCAAGUGGACAAAACCACCCAGAAUUUACAAUUGCUAGAGAUUGCCUCGGGCUCAGGACAACAUGCGGGAUUUCUGGCGCCACUGCUGCCCAACAUCAGCUUCCAGCCGACGGAGUACGAAAGGAAUCAGUUCGGUUCGAUUGCUGCCUAUGCAGGGGAGUGUCCCACUGGAAAUAUUCGCCCGCCGUUCCAUGUGGACAUCACCCGGGAUCCCGGGGACUGGGAGGCUCCUCCAGCACCUGCCAGCUACGACUACAUGUUCAACUCGAACAUGAUGCACAUCAGUCCGUGGGCCUGCUCCAUAGGACUAUUCCGGGCUGCCGGGCAGCUGUUGAAGAAGGGCGGCAGGAUGUUCACCUAUGGACCAUAUGCACAAGACGGCAUACUCGUUCCGCAGAGCAAUGUAGACUUCGAUCGCAGCCUGCGACAGAGGGACGCCUCCUGGGGCGUUCGCGACAUUAAGGACCUGAAGGUCUUGGCGGCCGAAAAUGGCCUGCAGCUGGAAAAGCUCGUGGAGAUGCCGUCAAACAACAAGUUCCUGACCUGGCUAAAGCUAUAAAGUAGUGCACUAGACUAAGGCUAUUGGGCGAUCGCCCGCUCCUAGAUAACAUCGUUUAUUUUGGCGGCAAUAAAGUUUAUUGUCGUCGAAGUGCCUGCUCAUCGAACUAGGCCAAGUGGUCAGAGCGAGAGUGCAGGAAUUGACCCUGAAAA